AUGCUAACACAAAAAUGCAUACUUGUUUUUCUAAACACCUCAGAGAUUGCAAAACUGUACACUUUAAAUAAAGAGCACCAUACAAAAUUAAGCGAGAAUCAUGAAAUUAAAAAAAGCAUAUGAAGAGGAGACUUGCCUGAAGCCUCCCGAAAACAUUUUUGGAAGCAGUGCUGCAAGAUUAACAAGUAACUGAUAAUUAGAGUAAAAACUGAAGUCAGAGGUAUUUUAAACUACACUGAUAAUGCAUCAAAUAUUUAUUCUUAUAUACAAAAUCAAGCAGAAGAAGACCCUAAGUUUUACACAGUAAAAAACGAUAUCAGCAAAGACCUUCCGAGAACUUAUCUUGUGGCUAAUUCACAAAUAGACAAAUCUCAGUUAUCUAAAAUUUUGAUUGCUUUAGCUUAUGUGAAACCGCAUAUAGGGUAUUGUCAAGGACUUAAUUUUAUAGCUGCGAUUAUUUUGAAAGUUGUUCAAAAUGAAGAAGAUGCUUUUUAUGCUUUAUUGGGAAUAAUAAAGUCUUGAAAUUUGGAAAAUAUGUUUGUUUCAGGAGUUCCUGAUCUUACGUUACGUGAAUAUCAAGUAAGCUAUUACUUUAAAACGAUGAUUCCUGAUUUAUAUGCUCAUUUUCGCAGAAUUAACUUUUCAAACGGCUUUUUUAUAUCAAGAUGCAUUUUAACAAUUUUUUCAGCUGAUCUCCCAUUUGAUACUCUUGUCAAAAUCUGGGAUUGCAUUUUUAUUGGGAAUUGAAAAGUCAUUGUUAGAACUGAGUGUGCUAUAUUAAGAGAGCUUAAGCCUAUUUUUUUAGAUUUAAAUUUGGAAGAGAUAUCAAUAUACUUAAGAAAUAACGUCAGGGAAAACCAUUAUGAUUAUAAAUCAUUAUUAGCGAGCGCAAAAUCUUUUAAAAUAAGCUUAAAAGAGCUGAAAUAUAUUGAAGACGAUUUCUAUAAAGUCCAAAGUAGCUUAAAAAUUGACUCAGACAACCAAACCUAUUCAGAAAAUGAGGAUUUAGUUAAAGAUAUAAAUGAAAGCGAAGGGGGAGAGCUAGAUCAAGUUAAACAAGAUAUUGCAAGAUUUCAAGAAAAAAUAAAAAAGAUUGAUGAAGACUAUGAAACUGUUCAGCAACACUAUUUAAGUGUCAGCAUGGAAAUGCAGUAUGUAGAAAAAGAUAUCGCGUCUCUUUCUGAGAAAAAAAUAGCCUACCUUCGUAUUUAUAAAGAUAUGGAAAAUAAAUACAAGCAGUCUCAAAAUGGUAUCUCAAAAUAUGUCCCUGAUAUUAUGAGCAAAAUAUUUUUUUCAAAAAAUGAAAUAUCUGAGGCAGAUGAAAUAAAACUUGCUGAUAUGAAAAAAUAUUCUAAAAUAAAUUAAACUUCAUUUUUACCAGAAGCUAAUAAAUUUUAUUUAUAUCAGCAUAGCAAAGAAUAUUAUGAAAAAAUGAAAAUCAUAGAAAAAGAACUAGAAGAACUAAAAAUCUUGCAAAGAGAAAAGGUGAAAUUUAUAUAGUUUUCGAUUUAUCAAGAUGCAUAUUCCAGACUUGAAGACAUUAAAGAGAAAAAACUCAGGUACUCUGAACAGCUCUGCAACUAUUUGCUUAAAUGCAAACAAAGCUCAGAAAUUAGUGUAAAUCCAUAA